AUGGGUAAAAUCAACAGAGUAUUGGAUUUAGCCAACAUAUCCAAGGUCAAGCCCAUCAAUGGACAAAAAAAGGAAUAUGGGGUUGCUGCUCCUGAUUUGGUAUCAUAUGAGGAUGUCGCUGUGUUUUUCUCCAUGGAGGAGUGGGCCCUGCUGGAUUCUAAGCAAAAAGCCUUAUACCAAGAGGUCAUGCUGGAAAUCAAGAGGAACAUGGCCUCCUUAGGUGACGGAUGGCAGAUGGAGGAUUCUGGUCAAGAGACAGCAGCACCUUUGCCAAAAGACAAAAAGGAUGUUGCAGAAAAGAUGUAUGGAAAGCAAAGUUGUGAGGUAAACCUGUUAAUGGUUAAGCUAGAGAAUUGCUCUAGUUUAUCUUGUCCAGAUACCAAUGUCUUAUUGGACACAGAUAAUUGCCAUGAAAAAGAAGUGUGUCCAAGGUGUAGGAAACUACUUCAAGAUAGAUCGGAAUUAUGUGACUGUUGUGAAAGCUCUGCAGGAGAGAAACAAGAUGAAAGCAGGCAACACUCUGGAAGGACCCUUCCGCCUCCUUUACAUGAAAGAAUACAAGAAGGAGGGGAAAUGUACAAAUGUACGGAGUGUGCAGAAAGCUUCAGUACAAGCCUUUCUCUUGCAUUGCACAAAAAGAUUCACAAAGCAAAGGAUCUACACAAAUGUCUGGAUUGUGAAAGGACCUUCAGGCAGAAACACCAUCUCAAUUCACAUAAGAGGGUCCACGAAGAGAGGAAGCAGCAUCAAUGCAUUACUGGGGCAAAGACCUUCGGAAACAGCACUUCCUUUACUUCCCACCAAAACGUCCACAGAGGAGAGAAAUUACAUCAACUCAGGGAGGGUAGAAUAAGGUUUACUCAGAGCAAUGAACUGAAUUGCCGGGAAAAAAAUCCCACUGAGAAGAAAUCAUGUAAAUGCCUGGAAUGUGGGAAGAGCUUCCGCUCUGCAAGUAACCUCACUUACCACAAUAGGAUCCAUACACGGGAAAAGCCGUAUCAUUGCACUGUGUGCGGAAAGAGCUUUGCACAAAAAGGCAACCUCAAUUUGCAUAAGAGGAUCCACAUCGGAGAGAAGCCGUAUAAAUGCACAGAAUGUGGGAAAGGCUUCAAAGCCCCUGGUGCUCUUACUUGUCAUAAUAGGAUUCACACAGGAAAGAAGCCCUUUCAAUGCCUGCAGUGUGGAAUGUGUUUUGUCCGUUCUGAUAGCUUGCAUGCCCACGAACAGACCCACAUGGGGGAGAAACCAUACAAAUGCCUGGAAUGUGGAAAAAGCUUUGAUUAUUCCAGCCACUUAACUUCUCAUAGAAGAAUCCACAGUGGAGAGAAACCGUAUCAAUGCACUGAGUGUGGGAAACGCUUCAAUAAUCAAAAGAUUCUUACUGUCCAUAAAAGAAUCCACACAGGUGAAAAGCCUUACAAGUGCGCCGAGUGCAACAAAUGCUUCACUGGUUUGGGGGCUCUCUCUUAUCACAAAAGGCUCCACACUGGGGAGAAACCAUAUGAAUGCCACACUUGUGGAAAGAACUUUAGUAGAAAAUAUAGCUAUAUCAUACAUACCAGGACCCACACUGGAGAGAAACCCUUUCAAUGCCUGCAGUGUGGAAAGUGUUUUGCACGGUCUGAUAGCUUGCUUGCCCAUGAAUGGACCCACAUAGGGGAGAAACCAUACAAAUGCAUGGAGUGUGGAAAGAGCUUCAGUGAUUCCAGCAACUUAAAUUCCCAUAGGAGAAUCCAUAGUGGAGAGAAACCACAUCAAUGCGCUGAGUGUGGGAAGCGCUUCAAAAAUCAACAGAAUCUUACUGUCCAUAAAAGGAUCCACACAGGUGAAAAGCCUUAUAAGUGCAUCGAAUGUGGCAAAUGCUUCACUGAUUUGGGGACUCUCUUUCGCCACAAACGGCUCCACACUGGGGAGAAACCAUACGAAUGCCAUACGUGUGGAAAGAGCUUCAAUACAAAAAAUACCUAUAUUGUACAUAGCAAGACCCACACAGGGGAGAAACCAUACAAAUGCAUGGAGUGUGGAAAAAGCUUCUGUAAUUCCAGCCACUUAACUUCCCAUAGAAGAAUCCACACUGGAGAGAAACCAUAUCAAUGCACUGAGUGUGGGAAGCGCUUCAGUCAAACAGGUUCCCUUAUUCUCCAUAAAAUGACCCACACAGGUGAAAAGCCUUAUAAGUGCACCGAAUGUGGCAAAUGCUUUAGUCGACAGUGGAAUCUCUCUGUUCACAAAAGACUCCACACUGGGGAGAAACCAUAUGAAUGUCACACAUGUGCAAAGAGUUUCAAUACAAAAAAUGGCUAUAUCCUACAUAGCAGGACCCACACUGGGGAGAAACCAUAUCAGUGCCAAGAGUGUGGAAAACUCUUCAGUGAUUCUGGACAACUGACGAUCCAUAAAAGGAUUCACACAGGGGAGAAACCCUAUAAGUGCAUGGAGUGUGGCAUGAGUUUCAGAAGAAUUGGUUACCUUUGUAGCCACAAGAGAAUCCACACGGGGGAGAAACCAUAUACAUGUCAUGACUGCGGAAAGUGUUAUAGAGAGAGUGGCAAGCUUACCUCCCACAUGAGGAUCCACACAGGGGAGAAACCCUAUAAAUGCCUGGAGUGUGGAAAGUGUUAUAGAGAGAGUGGCAACCUUACCUCUCACAUGAGGAUCCACUCAGGGGAGAAACCCUAUAAAUGCCUGGAGUGUGGAAAAUGUUAUAGACAGAGUGGUCACCUUACCUCCCACAUGAGGAUCCACACAGGAGAGAAGCCGUUUAAAUGCAUCGACUGUGGAAAGAGUUUCAGAAAUUGCUGGAAUCUUAAGCUCCAUAAAAGAAUCCACACAGGAGAAGCCGUAUGAGUGUUUGGAGUCUGGUAAGAAAUCCAGAACCUGGAAUGACUUUAGUCACCAUAAGAAAACACACAGUAUGAAAAGACAAUGCUAAUUGCUUAGUAUUGAUUCUCAAAAUUUCCUUCAUGUCCAUAGAAGUGUCCCAGGAGAAUCUGUAGAGAUGCAUGGAGAAAGUGAUGGAGGAGAAUGAACUAAAGAACCAACAUGAGACUCCAGAGUUUUGUUAAAAGUAAUAACCUGAGGGAUUGCGCUGUGUUUGCACCACCUAACAUUGAGUGUGUUUAACUGAUUUCUAGUCUGAGAUACGAUAUUGAUUGUGCUUGAUUUUUAUUAAUGGUGUAGUUUAUACAGUGGUUAAAGGCUUAGCAUGCCCAUCUCAGAUAUAGACUCUUUGGUCGGUAAAUUGGACAAUUUAGGGAAUUGGACAAUUUAGGGAAGCUUUAGAAAAAACAGAUGGCAUUUGAGUUACAACCACAAUUAAGCCCAAGUUUUCCAUGGCUAAGCAAGACAGUUGUUAAGUGAGUUUUGUGCCAUUUUACAACUUGUCUUGCCACAGUAGUUAAAUAAGUAACAUGUUUGCUAAGUAGAUGUGGUUUCCCCAUUGACUUUGCUUAAGGAAAAGUUUCAAACGGUGAUUACAUGACUUCAA